CAUGGCAUACGCGAUGAUCAUUUUCAUCGAGACACUCACGGGCAAAACAACUAAACUAGAUAUUAGCUCAACCAUCACAGUUCAACAUAUCAAGGGCUUACUCAGAAUCAGCGCCGGUAAGGAGGUACAGAGCAGUGCGCUGACAUAUCAUGAUGGCAACACUGCAAGGGAAUAAACUCUCUUUCAAAUCCUCACACUUUGUAGCGAUCGAAAGGCGGAUGGAGCAGAAAUACGUAGCAACCAGGAUCAAGUCGAUAAGUAUACCAGACCUAGCCUAUGAGAUAAAAGUAGCG